GCGUGUGUACAUCAGAAUCCAUGCUGAAGUCCGUUGAUAGUGAUAUUUAGAGAAUGUGUACGAAAAUCGUCCAUUAAAUUUGUUAAACUGCACCGGACAUUUGAAAACAUCGCUAAAGGCUCUUGAUAUUUUCUGAAGAGAAAGAAGAAAAGUUGUUAUAAACCAUAACCAGCCUGUGCUUUGACUUUACCCAACAACCAACAUGAAGAUCAAGAGACAGAAACAAGCCAAGAAAACCAUAAGCUUCUACAAAUACAACUUCAACUUUAGGGAACCUUUUCAGAUCCUCAUCGAUGGGACUUUUUGUCAGGCUGCGUUGAAAAACAAGAUCCAGAUCAAAGAACAAAUGCCCAAGUACUUGAUGGGGGAGGUGCAUCUGUGCACCACAAACUGUGCACUGAAAGAACUGGAGACUCUGGGGAAAGAGCUGUAUGGAGCCAAAAUCAUCCUGCAGAGGUUUCAGGUCAGGAAUUGUCCACAUUUCAAGAACCCAGUCCCCGCUUCAGAGUGUCUGCUGUCCAUGCUGGGAGACACAAACCCACACCACUACUUUGUAGCCACUCAGGACCACACAGUGACCACGGGCCUGAAGAAAAUCCCAGGCGUUCCUCUGCUCUACAUCAUCCUCAACACCAUCGUGCUGGACAAACCCAGCCAGACGUCCCUCGACCACGUGCAGGCCGUCCAGCUCGGCCAGCUGGUGAGCCCGGCCCAGCAGCAGAGCAUCCGCAGCCUGAAAGAGGAGCAGGGAAUCAGCCAGAAGGACGGAGAGAGGCGAGGGAAGAAGAGGAAGAGGAAACAGAACAACCCUAACCCUCUGAGCUGCCUUAAGAAGAAGAAGAAAGGAGUGCCGACGCCACCACUGAAGAAGUCAGAGCAGGGGGAGAAGAGGAAAAGAAAUCGACAUAAGAAACAAAAGACGGAGUGAGGAGAUUAAUUUAUCUGCUCCUGCAGUUACAAAUACAUAAUAUGGCAAGAAGACAGAGACUUAAGCCAUGUUGUUUCUUGCAUAAAUAUUAUUCGAAGAAGUCAAAGAUGUUCAUGUUUAAUAUAACCCCAAUCUAAAAUUAUUACACUCUCCACAUUAACUUCUGGUCUGUUUUUCUGAUGUUACCACGUAGAACAAAUUGAUGUUUGUUACACAAAAUGCCAUUCUGAAAUACUGGUCAUGGUAUUUGUUUUAUUUUGAAAAGUUUUGCAACAGUUUCCAGGACUCAUGGCUUUGCAGGCAUGGAACUGAAACUGUCCAGAAACAAAGCAAUAUUUUUGAGAUUGA